UGGUGUUAGUGAGGGCCAUCUUUCUGACAUCCACCUCGUCGUUCGUCGAAUUGCCGUGAAAAAAUUGCAAACGCCCUGUGAAAAGUUAAAAAUUUAGGCCAUAAUCGACGAUAUUUGUGCUUAACCUGUGAUAAAAACAUAGAUUUGCCGACAUUCGUAACAAAAGCCGAUAGAUUGGUGCAAACAUCGUGCUCUUGAAGCUGAAUUCUUCGUUUUCGUGAGGCAUCUGAGAACAAGCCCCGGACGGAAUUGAGCAACGUCAGGGGAAGUGAAGGGGAACGAUUAGAAGUGGAAAAUUUUACCUGUGUCAGCAGCAAUAGAAUUCAGCUUUUCUGCGUAAAAAACCCUUUGCAGUAAACCAGAUUUAACGCAGCGAUGGGUCGCAAGAAGAAAAAGGCGUCAAAGCCUUGGUGCUGGUACUGCAACAGAGAAUUCGAUGACGAGAAGAUUUUGGUGCAACAUCAGAAGGCAAAGCAUUUCAAAUGCCACAUUUGUCAUAAGAAGCUGUAUACGGGUCCCGGACUAUCGAUACAUUGCAUGCAGGUGCACAAGGAAUCGAUUGACAAGGUUCCAAAUUCUCUUCCAAAUCGGUCCAAUAUUGUGAUCGAAAUUUACGGAAUGGAAGGCAUACCUCCGGAGGAUAUUCGUGAGCACGAGAAGCAAAAGAAUGGAAAUCGAUCAGAAUCGGAAGAAGAGGAGCCGGCGCACAAGAAAAUGAAGCAAGCUGAGGCGUCCGUAUCGCAGGGAAUGAUGCAAAUGCAGAAUAUGAUGCCUCCCCAUUUACAGGCUGCGUACAGCAUAAACCCCAUGAUGAGCGCAAUGGGAGGGAUCAAUCCGUACAUGGUACCACCCGGAAUGCCGAUGAUGCCCGCGAUGGUGGCAGGGGCCCAGAGACCUCUCUUUCCAGCCGCCGCCGCAGCCAGUGCCGCCACUGUGACUAGUGCAUCAAAGCCGACGUUUCCAGCAUACAGUUCCGCCACGAUUAGUGCUCCUCCAACAACCAACAGUGCUAUCUCGGCAGCAGCAAGUGGCAACAGCAACAACGGAUUGGGUGGUGGUGAUGCGACGAAAGGCGCAUCGUCGUCCAUCAUGCCUAAUUCGGGUACUGCGACCUCUAAGAUUGUGCACCCGCCAGAGGAUCUCAGCUUGGAAGAGCUUCGAGCGCGCAAGCCCCAGUAUCAAAAGCAAAUUCAGCAAGCUACUCAGCAAAUGCUGCAGCAAAAACAGCAAGAAAAACAACAAGCACAGGUAGCUGCUGCGGUUGCGGCGGCCCAGCAACAACUGCAGGCACAAGCGCAGGCACAACUUAAGCAGCACCAUCAGCAGCAGCAGCAACAACAUCAACAACAAUUGCACCAACAGCAGCAGCAGCAGCACCAGCAACAGCAACAGCAACAACAGCAGCAACAGCAACAGCAGCAGCACCAACAACAACAGCAGUUGCAACAAUUAUCACCGUUUUCCUCAGCAGCUGGUACCGCUUCAAUCGUUUCCAACACACAAACAACCGCCGCUAUGAAAGAUAAUCGAAUGAUGUCGCCACAAGAGCAAGCCGCUGUGAUAGCACACGCACAUGCCGCCGCAGCCAACCAUCACAAACAGAUCGAGGAAUUGAAUCGUGCUGCAAUGAUUCAUCGGUUUCAGGCAGCAAACGCAGCCGCAGCGAAUGCUGCAGCAGCAGCCGCCAGCAGACCAGGAAUGCCAAUCGGAAUGGUUCCUGUAUCUCUGGGAGGCCCCGUCCCACUUAUGUCUCCAAUGAUGCGUCAAGGACUAGCAAUUGGUCCACCGGGAGGAGGCAACUUGGCGCUUUUAGGGGGAAACAUGCUUCGUCCUGGUCCCCCACAAAUGGGUCUUGGUCCAGUGCAAUGACGUCUCACAAAUUCGAGUUCAACGCACUCGAGAUUUCCUCGUGCGCAAACUGUGUCCGCCCAAGGACACCAGUGCAGUACAAUCGAGAAAUGAAAAAUGAAAUAAAAUGUUAUAAAGGGCUGGAUGAUAAUUUCAUACCUGUUACCACUCUUCCCCGUGUCUAAGAUAAGCCUAUAAAAAUACUACUAACAUCACUUAAAUGUGUAUUCUACCCCUUCUGGCAGUAACCUUGUGUGUAUGUGUGUGUGUGUGUGUAUUUGUUGUGAGUGUAUUUGAGUGUGCGUGUGUGUGCGCGUGUUCUAGGUUUGGUUCCUCUAUUGUUGAUAAUCUUGUGUUAAAUGUGUGUUAGUGUAUAGCAUUAAUUUUAGGGGCUUCUGUAUGCUUAGAAUCGUCGCCAAGAUGUUAUUAUUGUUUGCACUUUCAUUCAUAGCCGAGAAUACCAACAAUCUCGCCCAACAAUUCUUAACUAGCUAACUAUUCUUUCCUAUUUCAUACAAAUGUUCUGCACAUUUAAUUAUAUAUCUCAUUUCAUUUUCAUUUCUUUCAUAUUAUGUCCUUUCAUUUGUCCUGGUUGCCUUCGAAAUAACAAACUAAUCCAAUGAAUGCCUAUUUGUAGUUAUUAAUUUAUUCGUGUUUUGUGUGUGUGUGUUUUUGUGUCAAAUGUUGUAAAAUGUUAACGUAGUCGAUUGAUUAAUUUUCCCGUUUGCACAUUUUUUUACAAAUUGAUCUUAUAUAUGUCUCAGUAUGAUCAUUGUAGAUUCGUGUUAAUAAUUUUGCUUUCAUACUUGUAGGGUUCUUAAACAAUGAUUUAAGAGAGUCGCUAUAAAGCUACCAAAGUUCGUCAUCGCAAUUAUAUUGUACAUUACUAUGUUUACAUCGCUGCAAGCGGUCGCAUUUCGACUCGUGCGGUUGGAAAUUCAAACAAUCUGGCAGUACUAAACAAGAACAACGCGAGCAGAUAAGCAAAACAAUUGUUAUUCGUAUCUAUGUUCUAUAUAUCACUACACGUUGUCGUUGCUGUUUUGGAUAUGGUUAUCAUUUGGAUGAUUUUUUUUAAUCGUAAUAAUGUUGACUUAAUUUUGUUACUGCUACUAUUGAUAUAACCGCUAAUACUAAUAUUUAUGCUACAACUGCUACUACCAUCACAACCACUAUCAUCACCAUCACCAUUAGCAGCGUCGUUUUGGUUCGGAAUAAAUACAAAUGAAUGAAAUCCCCAAAAUCAAAUAAUCUAGUUUUACGUUGAAUGGAACGCCGUAAUCCAGUAUAUCAUUUCUAAUACGAUACGUCGUUUUGCGUUUGUUUCUUUCCAUUGUUUUUUAUCUGCAUCGAAAAGGUGGUUUAAUUACGCAAAUUCCAACUGUACCAGGCAUGGGUGUAGUUUUUCCUGGAGCACCUAUGCUGCCGAUGAUGCCACCACGAUUCCGGUGAUUGCCUCAGCCAGCGCUGCUACCACAAAAUCCAGUUGCACAGCAUCGUUCACUAGUAGCGGCUGCCACGUCUGCUGCGUUACCACCGUUGAUGCAACAGCUUCCAUUAUCAACGAUCUAUCCAUAAAUGCGAGAUGAAGAAGAAAGUCGUGGCCAUGGCAUAUUAGGAGCAUAUUACCUUAAGAUUAAUGUGAGUUACGCAUCCUGUAACGGCCUGGAUGCUGCGUGGUAGUUGAAUUCAAACAUAAUGCAGCAACUUUCCGUUUAUUUUAUGCAAAUGACAAUGGGAUGUAAAAAGAAUUCAUUCAUCCAGUGUGCAGCACCAUUUGGUUGUGACAUUUAUCUGGUUUUCGCCAGCGUGUUAAUAGCAGCGGUAUGUGGUUUUAAUUAAUUUUCUAUAGUUCUAUAAUCUUUAUAAAAAAAAGACGAAAAUGUUCCGUAGGUGAACAAAUUUUAAGGCAAUAAUUCUGUAAUAAUCCUAAAAUACCAAAACAUAAGGUAAGGAAGUUGGGUUUAGUAAAAUCUAUAUGAUAACAAUGGUAAAAAGGAUACGGCCUGAGAUUAUGUUUAAUCAAUCUAAAAUGCUCAAUUGCGUGAUGUGAAAAAAUACCCACAUCAAAAUAGAGCACAUAAUAAUCGCCGCCAAUUUAAGGUUAGGGCUGAGAAAAAUUGAGCUGUUCAACUAUUGCCACCAUGCAUAAUGGGGAAAAUAUUUGCGUUUCGCUUUGUAAAUGUAUGCUCAAAAAUUACACACCCAUCAGCUAUACAAAUCUUAUACUCUGUCAAGAUUUUUUAAUUACUUCUUAGUCAGCAAUUACAUAAAUGCCCAAUUCUCAAUGCGUUUGGACGUUAAACCUGUCUUUUAACAUAUUUAAUUGUGGUGUUUGCAUCGCACCAGUAAUCAUGAGAAUAUCAUUAUUAUAUGUGCAUCGUAGACGAAGUGCAAUACCAUGGCAGCUGAUUAAGCAUUUGUAGUGGUAAAUAGCUCAUUGUAUUUGUUAUUGUUGCAGUAGAACUAAAUAUUGGUACACAAAAUUGCUAUUAUAACGCGUUUUCGUACAAUAACGACAUGGUAAUAUUACCUAUUUUCGCUUCCUAAAAGAAAAAAAAAACAAUCUAGAAACAGUCCCUCAUUACCUUUAACUCCAUACUAGAAUGCUUUCAAAUCAUGAAUAUAUUUCUUACUAUACAUUUAGAACUCACACUAGCAAUAAUGUUGCCUGUAGUGCCUGAUAAUAUUGUGAAACUAUUGUUGUCCAUUGAAACUACGAAAGUGAAUGAGUGAAAAGAUACGCGUUAACUAUAUGUGCUUGGCAGUGAUUGAAACACGUUUACAAUUUGCCUUGUUUUCGAUAAUUUUACUGCAUUUGAUUUAAAAAAAGGGCCAUUAUCUGAAACUAGUUUGUGACAUGGGAUGGAUAUGGAAUUAAUGUUUCUUUCGUUUUCGUUUAAUUUGGCAUUUUUCUGGUGUUUUAAAAUACAUUUAUUAUUUGGAUUACACGUAGGAUUUAACAUUAAAUAUACGAUGUUUUUUUAAGGUUUCGCUCAAAUUUUAGUUUAAAUAUGUUAUUGAUGUUAUAAUUUUCAGUUUUAGCUUUUUCUAAACAUGCUCAAUAACAAUAACUAUAAAUGGUGUGGUAUACUUUAUGAUUUAUUAUGGUGGUGGACUAAAAUGUAAACAGUAAAAUUGACUAGUUUUUUCCUCGUGGAAUUAUAUUCCUGUAUAUCAGUAAAAUCCAUGAAAAUAAUGUUAGAAACGUAGCUCAUUGUUUUUUUCUCCCCAUUUCUCCCUGGUCUGACGCUGUUGUAGUGAACGCGUAUCUUCAAUAACAAAUAAUAAUAGUCAUCUUCCAUCGUAAAUUUGGCCGUGCUCCACCACAUCAUACGGUAAUAGUUAAGUACCCCAUCCAGGAAUAGUUAAGCAUGGUCAAAACAAGCAUUGCGUUCUAUUUAUGCAAUUUUCACUCGUACACUCCCAGGUUUACUUCCUUAUUUACAGUAAGCGUCCACAAGGUGCAGUACCAUCGUACCUCAGCUGGCAGCCAUAAGCAUUACUCGGCAAUGAAUUAGUAGCGCAUUACUCGACGAUUUUAACCAUGAGCCGUACGUACCAGCUAAACAAAGAGGAAGAGAUAAAGGGAGAGUGAAAGAGGAGAUAGCGUAUAUUAGUAAAUAGUAAUAGUUUCAGUUGGUCGUGGAUCCCCUUUCGUUUGCAUCUUUUGUAAGCUUUACCUCUAACUUCAUCACUUGUACUCCUUUUAUAUGUUACUCUAAUCCUAUUGCCAAAAACUGCAGCCUAAUCGUGAUCGAACAGGUGAUUGUAUUGAGAAAGUCGUGCCGCCAGAACACUACUCUACUCUCAGCAAUCACAAAGUUGAUGUUGGACGGACAUCGAUCCGUUCCCACCCUUUGAGUGGUUGGUAGCGUCGCUUCAACCAGCUUCAUUAAGGGUCGGCGACAUUGGUCAGAGCUUGAGAGCUGUUUUAAGCAAGUUGACCAUGUGUCACAUCAGUUUUGUUGAGUGGAAAGUCCCUUGCCUGAGAGCGUCGAAGGCAGGCGAAAUUGUUAGCACAAUUUCACAGUUCCUCUAUUUUUUUUUUGUUUGAUUGUUUUUAGAUGUGGUAAUAUGGGAAGAAGGUUUAAUGUGAUUUGUUACACGGUGAAGAUGGUGUAUGGUGUGGUGUUGAAGUUGUUUUAUUCUUCUUUAAAUAAUGCUUUUAAUAAAUAGUUUCAAGCUUCAUAAAGCAUUAGCUUUGUCCUUGUAAUAAUGGAUCAUGAAUGGAUGAGUUAUUCAACAGUAAAAGUGUCGGAAAUCUUUUUAUAUUUAUAACAUGUUACACGUAUGUUUUGUUGGAUAUGGUCUUACGUUUUGGGUUCUUUGCUUUUCACAAACCGUUCUUCAUUGCUACUUAUACAACCUAUUGUAUUUGAUAACUACUUUUAAAAUUAAACUAUUUUAAGUUAGCCCUGUUUGCCGUUAUUGUGAUGAUUCUUUUUUAUUCUCACCACCUACGUAUUGGAACUGUUGGACUUUCCAUCCCCUGUUCGUGAUCGACAAUUGGGUAAUUUAAAUUUGAGUACAAACAUCACGUUAUAGUAUUAGGGGUUUUAAAGUGUAGUCCAUGCCUAACUCUUUCCUUCCUUCACUUUCUCUCUCUCUCUCCCCCCUCCUUCUAUCUAUCUCUCUCUCUCUCUCGCUCUCUCUGUCUCUCUAUUACUUUCUCUUUGCCUCUCCAUGUCCAUGCCUCAUGUGUGUUUCCCUGUAUUUUGUUUCCUAUUUUAUUUCUAUUUCCAUUCUCAGUGAGUAAUGAGAAUAUGCGAUUUAACAUGAGAUGUUUAAAAUUACAAAAGAAUUUGACGAAAAUGUUGUAUUGUAAGCAUAUCUUAAUUUUUUGAGUUUCUUCGCAUAUCUUCCUUGAUAAAUGUUAGCUGUUGCUAAUUUCAUUGUCCUCUGUUGUUUCGGUAUUUGUCUUUGUGGUCGUCUGGUAUCGGUUUUGUUUGAAUGUGCGGCUUUAAUACGCUUCAUACGAGGGUCUAUAAUUGUGGGUGCGUGUAGAGGAUUCUACAACAGUGAAGUAGAACCAUUUUGAGUUAGUUUGGCUAUAACUGUAUGACGCAAGUAUGAGUUUGCUAAGAAAACUGUAUAUUCAUGUAUGCCUCACAAUAGGAAUCAAGCGAAAAGUGAAACUGUCCCAUGCUUGAUUAUUGUUGCAUUGUUUAGUUUUACCCUUCAACUAAAGUACUUUUAUCACUUGUCCCGCGAGUGGAAUAGUUUUUACAAAUAAGCAUUGAUUGAUAUAUUGAUUUCAUCUCACCUUCACCUUUUCAUCCAACGUAAAACGAUACUUUCGGUUUGAUUAAACAUGUUGCAUCUGUAAAAAGCAAUAAAUGGUGUAUCAUAAAUGAGAUAACAACACAAGAAAUCGCCAGUUGAAUGGUACUGUUUAUCAAUCCGCCGCACUGUAUGAGCUAUAGAUUUGGACAUAUAUUUGUGAAGUACGUUGUGUGUAGCUUAAACCACAUCUAACUAUAUAGCACUCACCUGAAUUGGUGCCAGUUCCGAAGCACGCACUUAACAGCAGACGUUUGGUUUUAAAUUACAACGUUUUCAAGGGAUGGCCAACAAAUCCGUCGUGACAGUGGUGCUCGGAGAGCAUAAACACGAGUGUUGUCGUAGAAACAUAUUCGCUGAUAGAGCUAUUGAACGAUAAGCAACUAAAACCUAGUGCAAGAAGCAAUUGUUGACGUAAGUUUUUAGUGUGCAUAUUUCUAGUUUCCGAUAGCAAUCAAUGUAUGUAUGGGUUGUAUGUAUAUAGCAGUUAUGUAUAGUAAAUAUACAUAAGGGCUUUUAUGCAUAUAUAAAUACACAGCUACGUGAGAUUGUGCCACGCUAGGCAAAACGAAACAUGUUAAUAGUGUUUUUAUUUGUUAAGUGUAUUCAUUAGGCGAUAAACUCAAACUAUUCUUUCGAUUAUAUCUAUAUGCGUAGCGUGUCACCUGAGGUAUAGCACAUGAAUGGAAACAUAAUAAAAUAAAUGUAUAAAUUCAAAACUCA